AUGGCCAAGGGGCAGAGAUUGCACGUCUUGAGGAGGGCGAAACUGCGACAGUCAUGGAACAAGUACAACCUCUACAACCUGUGGAAGCUAAAAGACCCCAAGAUCGGCUCCUACGACGCCGAGACCUUUUUCCAGCAGAAAUGGCGGGCCAAGGGUAUGCUGCGGGCGUACCACGGCGAGCACAUGAAGGAGCGCGACUGGUCGCGCAUGUUCAACCGGCGGCUGCUCUCCGUCGCCGACAUGGACCCGCGCUACAUGGCCGAGCAUGACGGCAGCGAAAAGGCCGCCGGCCGCGGCUCCGGCAAGGACAAGCCCCCCAACUGGAACGCUGUGGAGGUCAAGCCGAAUAAGAUUACACCCUACAUGAACAUGGCCUUUGCGCCCAUGGAGCGGAGGCUGGAUAUCGCCAUCUUCAGAGCCAUGUUUGCCAGCAGCGCGAGACAGGCCCGGCAAUUUGUCAUUCACGGCGCCGUAAAGGUCAAUGGCAAGAAGAUGCCCUUCCCUGCCUACAAGCUCAACCCAGGCGACAUGUUUCAGGUCGAGCCGGAAAAGGUUUUGUAUGCCACCGGAAGGCCCAAGAAGGUAUCCGGCGGCCCUACCAAGACUCCGAGUAGCCAGGAGGCAGUGGAGGAAGAAGGAGCCGACACAGAAGAGGCUGCCCCCGCCGAGGAGGGAGAGUCGACCGAGCCGGCCGCAACAGAAGCAGCCGAGGACGCCGGCAACGUGGACCGCAAGGCCAUCACAAGGCUAGUGAAGCAAGCCAAGCACGUGCUCGAGACCGAGAAGAUGGGCGUGGCCAAGAAGCGCGCCGUGCGAAGCUUCAUCAAGCAGGCACGCAAGAUUCAGGCGGAUACCAAGAGUGACGCAUCCCCCAUCGACGUUGCCAGGAGGCUCAACGAAAUGAUGUCCGAGCUGAAGCUCAAUGAGGCGGCAGCUGAGCCCACGGACGCAGAAGAUACAGCAGCAGCAGCAGAAGGCCAAGGCAAGAAGGCCAAGCCGGCCGCUUUGGAUCUCCUGACCAGCGACGAGCUCAAGACCUUGGCACAGAAGAUGAAGGAGGAGCAAGACAACCCAUAUGACCCCGAGAAGCCGUAUGCCACGCCAUGGAGACCCAAGGACUUUAUGAGUCCCUUUGCCUUCAUCCCUCAAUAUCUCGAGGUAGACCACAAAAUCUGCUCUGCCGUAUACCUGAGGCAUCCGGUAGCUAGACAGGGCUUCGCAGAGGUGCCAACGCCAUUCGGCUACGGCAUCAAUCAGUUGGCGUACACCUGGUACCUGAGGAGAAGGUAG